CGCGAGGCCGAGACGGAGGCGCGAGAGCCGGGCAUGAGCGGCCGGCGGCCGGACGGUCGAGCCUGAGCGGGGCGGGGGAAGCGCUCGCCGGGCGACGAGGCCCGGCGGCCCCCGCGGGCUCGAGUGAGCCGCCCCAGAGGCCCCCGCGGCGGCGCGACCGAGCUGAGGCGCGCCCCUUACCGGCUCCGCGCCGCCGGCGGCCGCCGCCCCGAUGAGCUCGUACUUCGUGAACCCGCUGUACUCCAAGUACAAGGCGGCGGCCGCGGCGGCGGCGGCGGCUGCGGCGGCCGCGGCGGCGGGCGAGGCCAUCAAUCCCACUUACUACGACUGUCAUUUCGCGCCCGAGGUCAGCGGCCGCCACGCCGCCGCCCUGCAGCUCUAUGGCAACAGCGCCGCCGGCUUCCCGCACGCGCACCCGCACCCGUCGCCGCCGCCCGGGUGCGGCGGAGGGGGCGGCCCGGGGCCCGGCCAGGACUACUUCCACGCCGGCGCGGGCAGCCCGACCGCUGCCUACCAGGCCGCCCCACCUCCUCCGCACCCUCCGCCUCCGCCGCCGCCUCCCCCCUGCGGCGGGAUUGCCUGUCACGGGGAGCCCGCGAAGUUUUACGGAUACGAUAACUUACAGAGACAGCCGAUUUUUACGACCCAGCAAGAGGCCGAGCUGGUACAAUAUCCUGACUGUAAAUCGUCCAGUGGUAAUAUUGGCGAGGACCCAGACCACUUAAAUCAGAGCUCGUCUCCUUCUCAAAUGUUUCCCUGGAUGAGACCACAAGCAGCUCCUGGAAGACGGAGAGGAAGACAAACCUACAGUCGCUUCCAAACCCUAGAGUUGGAAAAGGAAUUCCUUUUUAACCCUUAUCUGACCAGGAAGAGGAGAAUCGAGGUCUCCCAUACUCUGGCCCUCACGGAGAGACAGGUAAAAAUCUGGUUCCAGAACAGGAGAAUGAAAUGGAAAAAGGAGAACAACAAAGACAAGUUUCCCGCGUCCCGGCCGGAGGCAAAGGAUGGAGACCCCAAAAAGGAAGUCUCGGGGCUGGAGGAAGACGGAGCUGAAGGCCCCACAAAUUAAACUCUACCUGUACACUUCUACCACAGACUAUUAAGACUGAUGAUCAGUCUAAGUAUAUACUGGUGGACACCACCGUUUCUCCCUCUUGUUUUUUUGGAAACGGACUUUACCUGUGUUUCAAGCUACCUUAAUGUCACUGCUCUUGAGGUUUCUGCGCUUUGAAAGGGAUUUGUGUGUUUUUAAAGAGAAUAGUUUGUAGUAUCUAAUAGAAGCAGUCCUUGAGCUGUCCUAUAGAAGGGUAAUUUGAUACGGACCUUGUAGCUAUAUUUUUAUAAUGGUAAUUUUUAACGUCUGAGCUGGUGGUUUGCCUCAACAACAUAAACUUCCUAAUGAUCAGCACUAGAUGAUUGAAUAUAAAAUGCUUUAUUAAUCAAACAAGUGCACUUGAACAUUUAAAAUCUUUAUGGUGAGUAAAUUAAAAGAAGUUUAUUAAUAAUGUUUUUAAAAAUUAUGCCUGCAGAAUAUUUACUUUAUUAUUUGAUUAAAUGUAUUAUUUAUAUUUUUCUUUCUGCUUUUGUAACGAUGGUUCAGGUGUCUUCUGGUUCACUUCCAGGAGGUUUCUUUGAGCAUUUUUGUAAAUGUUUGUCAGGGAAGAGUCUGGGCCAAAUAUUGGAAAAGCACAUUAGCUGAAGAGUGCAAUGUAUUGUCCAGGCUGCCGACUUCCUUAAACUUGGGAGAGUGUUGUCCAGUGACAGGAGUUUAAGGAUAAUAUCAAAGUCAACAUUUAGUUGGGCUUCUGUAGUCCAUACAAAUUGUGGCCAUUGAAUAAUCUAGAGAAUUAAUACUUGAAAACUAAUUGCAAUAUUUUCACUAACUUCAUUCUGGCAAGUGGCCUUGCUUUCGUUUUGAACCAUGCUUGUAAUGGCCUGGGAUUUCUAGGUCUCGAUGCUCUGUGUUUCUGCUUUGUCAAGUAGGUGCCAUAUUUAUUGUAUUCUUCUUGCACUGCUCCUGUGCUCCUGUGUUGUAAGCCAGCUUGCUGUGUUCAUCUCAGAUGUCGGUUGGUACGUCGUCCACCCUCUGCUGUUCUUCAGGAAAGCCGUGGCCUCACAUAUUGGAAAUGAGCCCUGAGUGUAAACAGCCGCUCCAGAGCAUAGCUCCUUAAUAAAGAGAUGUACCUCCAUAAAGAGCAGAGCUCUUUCGUCUCAGAGAACACCAUUCUGGCCAGUCACAAACAAUGGCCAAGGCUCACAUGAAGGGGGUGACUUAGUCAAACCUUCUAUUUUAUAAACAAACGGGUGUGGGUUAUAUACUUCCCAACCUGUUUGGUGGUGGUGGUGGUGGUAUGGAGGCCUCCUAGAGUGAGCUAACUAUCCACACUUGUUUCAUUAAAUAAUUCUGGCAUGAUACUGUGACAGCUUUGAACUUCAAAAGGAUUCAAGUCAAGUCCUAGGCCUGAUGACCCAGAGCCCAGGUCACACCACAGCCUAAUUCCAAAGACUCCCAGUUGAAGCUGGGGUUUGGCAUCUAUUAUUAACAGGAUAUCCAUUUCCCAUUUGAAGCUGUUCAUGCAGCUGCUUUUUUAUAUGGGGGUGGGG